UAUUUUUAUUGUUGAUUUAUGAAAUAAGAAAUGUAAUGGUGGUCAUCAUAUUUUACAAUUCAGUUAUUGAUUAGUAUUUUUAACAAUUUUUAAGAUGUAGAGUAAACUAUUCUGGAAUUAUGCAUUUGAUGUAAGGAAUCAUGGAAGCUGGCCCUUCAUUUGAAGGGUCUUAUUGGAAGACCAAUGGGAAACCCAUACAUCCCAUCUUCAGUCACCCUGAAGAAGAUGAAGGUGUCUUUUCACCAACUGGGUCAAAUGGAGUCGACGUAUUGAAAGGUUUGAAGACAGAGUCAUCGCUAGACAACAGAGCAAUGACCGACACAAACCAUCUGCACCCGACAAUUGUCGAGGCUUUCUCCCUGCCAGAUCCUAACAACAGCGACACAGACAAAAGCCCGAGAAAGUCCAACCAUAAACCGACGAAUUACACCAUGAAGAAAAAGAAACUCGAACAUUUCAUCGACAAUCUUUUUAAAGUAGCAAAUGAAAAGGUGUCUGUUGAUGAGAACCCAUUAGCUAGAACAAGUAAUUUCGAGAACCGGGAAAGAGUGGACGUGAAGACUGAGAUUGGAGAGACUUAUGUAAAGAGAGAGAUAAAUGUAGAGAACGGAGAGUCUUGGAGUGGCAGUGUGGUGAAAACGGAGAUGACUACCAAGUUAGAGCCGCAGGUUAUGUUAAAGACUGAGGAAGAUAUCAAGCCCACAGAGAGAGUGUUUGGUUGGUGUGACAUUGAGGACAUCGGCUGUCCCGUGGAGGUGGAGAAGGAACUGAAUGUCAAAAAGGAACCACCACCUGCAACAGCCUUUGAGAUCAGUGAAGAUUAUAAACUCAGUCUGUUUGGAAAUCAUGAAGUGAAAGAAGAGAUGAUUGAUGAAUAUGAAAUUAAGCUGGAACCAGAGCCUCAUUUAGAAGAUGAUUUUAGUGACGAAGAAUGUGAUUCUUUCCAAAGCACUCCUGAAGAACAGAUCAAAAUGAGCAAAGAAAAGUUAAAUGAGGAAAAUUCUAUAAUCUCAGAAAAGUCUUUAAUGGAGGCUUGGAAAAAACCCGCAGAAAAGAACUUAAUGAAGAGUUUACUAUACGCCAAGAAAACAAAGCCAAAAGUGACUGAAAAGGAUUAUAGCUGGACUACCAAACCAUCUCGUAAGAAGGGGGAGACGUUUCAAUGUGAUUAUUGUAAAAAGAUUUUUGUUCAAAAAGGUAAUUUGAGGAGUCAUAUAUUCACUUUUCAUAUUAAUCAACCUAAUGAACACAAAUGUGAUACUUGCAGCAAAGUGUUUCCUUACCCCAGCGCUCUCAGGAAGCACAUGUUAAUUCACAGCACUGAAAAGAAAUACAAAUGUGAUAUCUGUGGAAAAUGUUUUGCUUUCAAAGGAAAUAUGAAAGCACACCGAUUUCUUCAUACAGGAAAAAUGCCUUUUUCAUGUGGGAUAUGUGAGAAAAAAUUUCCAACUGAAGCUAGCUUGAAUUGUCACAUAGAUGUUCACAUGGGGAUCAAAGCAUUCUCCUGCACUACAUGUGACAGAAAGUUCCGGAACAGACGAGGACUGGAGAAUCACCAAAGGUUGCACACGGGUGAAAAUAUGUUUGAAUGUAACCUUUGUGAUAAGAAAUACAACUUGAAGACAUCGUUGAACAAUCACAUGCUCCAACAUAGUGGCGAGAAGCCGUAUUCGUGCGACACGUGCAGUAAGGCAUUUGGAACAAAGAAGGCACUCGCUAGUCACAUUCUUAUUCAUACUGGUGAAAAGCCUUACCCUUGUUCUAUCUGCAGCAAACGUUUCAGACUGAGAAGCACGCUCAAGUGUCAUCUGUUAAUACACAGUGGCGUCCAACCUUUCAAAUGCGAGGUGUGUGGGAAAGCGUACAGUAAGAGAAACAACCUGGAGGCUCACAAGAUGACACAUACAGGUGAGCGUCCGUUCGAAUGUACCAUCUGCGAAAAGAAAUUCAUAACAAGGUCAAAUCUCAAGAACCAUGUGGCUUGUCACUCAGAAGAAAAACCGUACGCUUGUACCCAGUGCGACAAGAGGUUCAGAGUAAAAGUCAAUUUGGAAAACCAUUGUAGGAUUCACACUGGAGACAAACCAUUUGCUUGCGAGAUGUGUGAUAAGAGAUUCUGCCUGAAGGGAAGUCUGACAUCUCACAUGUUGACACACUCAGAAGAGAAACCAUUCUCAUGUACCGUUUGUAGUAAACACUUCCGAUCAAAGACAAGUCUGGAGAACCACUUUCGGCUUCACACGGGUGAAAAGCCUUUUGAAUGUUCCACUUGUGGAAAAAGGUUUAGCUUGAAAGGUAAUUUAAAUGCUCACAUUCUUCUACACAGCAAAGAGAAGAUUUAUAGCUGUAAAAUCUGUGAUAAAAAAUUCACUAAUAAAUCGAGUUUGGAUAGUCACGCUAAUACUCAUUCUGGUGAAAGACCGUGGACAUGUGAAGUAUGCAACAGGGCAUUCUCUUCUAAAAGUAACUUGAAAACUCAUGCAUUGCUGCAUGGUGAACGGCUACUUUCUUGUGAAAUAUGUGACCAAAAGUUUGCUCAGAAAGGAACUCUCAUGGGACAUUAUCAGGUGCACAAUAACAGGGAUACAUUUCCAUGCCAGCUUUGUGAUUUCGUGACUAACUCAAAAUCAGAAUACAAAUCUCACUCUUUGACUCAUUCUGGAGUUCUUUGGUUUGAUUGCUUCAUCUGUGACUUGAAAGUGACAAGCCAAGAAAAUCUUGAUGAACACAUCCUGCAGCACAAAGCUGAAAAACCUUUUAAAUGUAAUAAAUGUUGUAAACGGUUCUUUUCUAGGAAAGAUCUGCGAUCUCACAUGACAUGUCACACAGGGCAGAAGCAGUUCGCUUGCAAGUUCUGUGGAAAAGCUUUCACGCACAGGUGUUACUUGAAGAGCCAUGAACUGACACAUACUGGAAACCGACCUUUUAUUUGUGGCACUUGUGAUAAAGGCUUCACAAAGCAGAGUUACUUGACAGUUCAUCAACUUACACAUACCGGAAACAAAAUUCACCCCUGUAAUGUAUGCGGCAAAACUUUUACUUUAAAAACAAUCUUGAAAAGUCAUAUGCUCGUUCACUCGAAAUUGAAAAACAUCUCUUGCAGUGAAUGCAACAGAACAUUUACUGAAAAGUGCUAUUUGAAAAGUCAUCAACUGGUCCAUUACGGGCCCAAACGUCAUAUUUGUAGAGAGUGUGGAAAGGCUUUCUCUCAUAGAUGGAAUUUCAAGAACCAUCAAGUUACCCAUAUGGCUACCAGACCUUUCAAAUGUGAUGAGUGUGAACAAGGGUUUACUAGUAGAGUCACUUUGAAAAACCACAAAUUAGUGCACGAUGGUAUAAAACCUUAUGGCUGUGAUGAGUGUCCCAAAAAAUUCAAUAAGAAUAGCUCUUUGAAAAGUCACAAAAUGCUGCACAAUGGGAUCAAACCCUUUGCCUGCAAGCUGUGUGGAGAAAGAUACAAUCAUAGAACUAACAUGAAGAAGCAUUUAGAGAGUCACUCAAGAGGAAAAUCAUUUGUUUGCAAUUAUUGUGAUAGUAAAUUUUAUAACCAAUACGUCUUAAAAAGUCAUGUAACUAUAAUUCAUAAGGAGGAAACCCCUUACCAGUGUACUGCAUGUGAGAGAAAAUUUGCUUUUAAAGGAAACUUGAGAGUUCAUAUGGUGGAUCACAGUGGAAUAAGACCAUAUGAAUGUGAAACUUGCCACCAAACAUUCAGUUCAAAAGACGUUUGGAAAGAUCAUAGAGUAACACAUGGGUCGGAGAGGUGUAAAAACUGUAAAAAAAGAUUCUUGACUAAAGAAGAGCUGGAUGCACAUAUUGCCCAGAACCACAAGAAACGAGUGUUUCCAACUUGUGAUGUUUGUGGGAGGACGUUCAACAACAAGACUAAGCUACAAAUCCAUAAGAAAAGACACAAUGUCCCAACACCUCAUGAAUGUGAAGAAUGCGGAAAGAAGUUUACCCAUUUGUGCUACUUGAAAACACAUCAGCUGAAACACUCAGGAGAAAAACCAUUUGCCUGUGACAAGUGUGACAAGAAGUUUUCAUUGAAAUCUUACUUGAGGAAUCAUCAAAUGGUCCAUGCCAACUUUAAACCUUAUAUUUGUGAUGUUUGUGACAAGGCUUUUACUCAAAAAGCCAACUUGAAAAGUCAUCAACUUUUGCAUUCUGGCGAAAAACCUUAUCAGUGCGAUCAAUGUGACAAGUCCUUUACACAGAAAGCUUAUUUGAAGACCCACCAACUGAGUCAUAGUGGCGAGAAACCUUACUCGUGUGACUUGUGCGAUAAAGCUUUUACGCAAAAAUGUUAUUUGAAAGCACACAAACUUACACAUUCAGAGGAAAAACCAUGGAUAUGUAAGAUCUGUGAUAAGUCGUUUACACAGAAAAGUUACUUAAAAAGUCAUGAAAUGAUUCACAAUGAUGACAGGCCUUAUCCUUGCGAGCUAUGUGAUAAAGCUUUCACUCAAAAAUGUUACUUAAAGAAUCAUCAGUUGACACACACUGAUGAAAAACCUUGGGUGUGUGAUGUAUGUGAUAAGGCUUUCACCCAGCAAUGCUACUUGAAAACACAUCUCUUAAUUCAUACAGAUGAAAAACGUUUUGCAUGUGAAAUUUGUGACAAGAGGUUUAGUCAGAAGGGAUAUCUUAAAUCUCACAUGUUAAUCCACAGUGGAGAGCGUCCAUUUGUAUGCAACAUUUGUGAUAAAGCUUUCACCCAGAAAUGCUACUUAAAGGCUCAUGAAUCGACGCACUCGGAGGAAAAACCUUUUAUUUGUCUUGAGUGUGGAAAAGGUUUUACCCAGCGAUGUUACCUCAAAACUCACCAACUUGUCCACUCGGCCGAUAAACCAUAUGCAUGUUCAAUUUGUGACAAAAAAUUCAAACAGAAAAGUAAUUUAAAAAUUCAUGAGCUUAUUCAUUCUGGCGAGAAACCAUUUUCAUGCCAUCUCUGUGAUAAGAAGUUUCUUCAAAACAGUACUUUGAAAACUCAUCUCCUUACUCACAGUGAGGAGGGACAGUUCAACUGCAACAUUUGUGAUAAAAAGUUCACUUUGAAAACCACCCUGAACAACCAUUUAUUGACUCAUACAGGGGAGAAGCCUUUCGGGUGCCAAGUUUGUGGGAAACGUUUCCUACUGAAAGGAAGCUUAGAGAGUCACACCAGAAUUCACACUGGAGAAAAACCCUUUGAAUGCCAAGUUUGCAAUAAAAGAUUUACUCUUAAAGGAAACUUGAAGAUCCAUUCGUUGAUUCAUUCAGAAGAAAGACCCCAUGCGUGUACAGAAUGUGACAAGAGAUUUGUUCUCAAAAGCAGCCUGGAAAGCCAUCUCAGAAUCCAUACGGGUGAAAAACCUUUCAGUUGUACAGUCUGUGGAAAAGCAUUCUGCUUCAAGUCCAUGCUCGAUUCCCACUUUCGCAUUCAUACAGGAGAAAAACCUUUCCAAUGUUCCGAAUGUCCCAAAAGCUUUAGACUCAAAAGCACAUUGGAUGCUCACUUUAGAAUACACACUGGUGAGAAGCCGUUUUCAUGUCCACAAUGCAAUAAAAGUUUUUCUUUGAAAGGAAAUCUAUCGAGUCAUAUGAUGCUGCACAGCGGGGAGAAACCGUACGAGUGUGAAGUGUGCAACAAGAAAUUCACAUUAAAAUCCAGCUUAAACACCCACGCUCUGAUUCAUACUGGGGAAAAGCCGUUUGUCUGCACGGUUUGUGACAAAGGCUUCAGACUCAAGUGUAGUUUGGACGCCCAUUUCCGCAUGCACACUGGGGAAAUGCCUUUUGAAUGCAAUAUAUGUGACAAAAAAUUCAAUCUGAGGGGAAAUCUAAAUGCCCAUAUGUUGAUACAUUCUGGUGAGAAACCUUACGACUGUACCAUGUGCGACAAGAAGUUCCGUCUGAAGAGCAGCCUAGAGAGUCACAUGAGACUUCACACCGGUAUCAAGCCCUUCCCGUGCGGCAUCUGCGGGAAGACAUUCAGCCAAAAAAGUGGACUUGAAAGCCAUUUCAGACUGCACACCGGUGAAAAACCCUUUGCGUGUAAAGUCUGCCAGAAACGAUUCAGUCAGAAAGGGAACCUGAAGAACCACAUGAAGAUCCAUUCAAGAGACGAGAGUUACAAUUACAACACAAGGAUGAGGAGCUUCAACAACAUCAUCGAGAACAUGUUUAACGGCAGCCACUUCCUGAUCCCGCAACAAGAAGAGUUUUCUUGCAAGUUUUGUGGAUGCAAAUUCAAAGAAAAGUGUGAACUGAUGUUUCACGAGAUGAUGCACAGUAAGCAGAUGGCGAUUCCGAGCAUGAUGUUCAACCCAGCUGCCAAGCCCUUCCCUCUCAUGGGCUACCCUCCACGACCUCCCCCCGAGACCGUGUGUAUAGACUUGACUCUCCCACCCACCCGACACUACCAGUAAACAUUAUGUACAACAAUAUUACAAUCAUUAUUAGUGUGCAUGUUACUGAGGUGGCAUGCAUUGGACAAUGUCUAUUCCACCUUUUAAGGUUUAAUUAAUAAAUAAGCCAUAGAUAUUCUAAGUUACCAGUUUCAAGAGUAUGCUUGGUUUAUGAAUUGUGAGUAGUGAGUAAUUGAACAAGUAUUGUUGGAAAUGUUGGUACUUACCCAUAAAUUUGAAUGUACACUUAAAAUAAUUGUAAACAAAAAGGUAAUUAUGAGUAGACCACUGCUAACCCACCCUUAUGAAAUUUUAGGAAAGAAGUUUAAUUUAAGAUUUUUAGUUAGGGAUGAAAACACUAAUGAAAAUGUGGUCAUAAUUCACUGUCCUGUUUAUAGAUUUUUUAAAAUUAAUUAAUCAAUAAAGAUCAAUUAAUGAAGACGUGGCAUUUGCCAAGAAAUAUACAGUUUAGGUAGAUGUACAUAUGGAUAUUAAAAGGUAACAAAACAUUUAACCUUAACAAUUUUAAGAACAAUAAUAAAUUACAUACGUUUAAGUUCCUGGUUGAAAUUGUUUACAAUUUUUUAGGUCUCUGUUUUAGAUUUUUAAACCAACAAUUAGGCUACAAUAUUAUUUCUGUUUAUUGUAAUUUGAUUUAAUCUACUGGAAUUCUCCCACAAACCUUUUAACUUUUUAUUGUAUUAUAAUGUGCAGCUUAUACUUUCAUGAAUUUUACAUGUUUGAAAAUGUAUUCACAAACAAAACAGUAUUUAACACAGCAUUCCACUGGUUUAAGCUUUGUACAGUUUGAAUUUGUGCAAUUUAUUUUUGUUGAGGUUAGAAUGAACUAAGUCUAGUGUAAACCAUGUCUGAAUUUGAUUCAUAGUUUUUUUGUUUUUUCUUAAGUGAGACUGAUGUUACAUAAUCUAGUUUAGUAAAGGUGGUACUUUUUCGAAACAAAUAAUGUUUUGUACUUUAAGUUUAUUGUUACUACGUUAUAUUUGUAUUGUGUAUGUUUAUAGGUAUAAUCACUAGCAUAAUAAUUGCAGUGUCUACAACAUUUUAGUAUAGAAUACAUUUCUUGUUUUUAUCGCAUAUAUAAUUUAGUUGUAUUGUUUUUUAUUCAAAGAAGUAUUACUAGAAAGGUGCAUGCUUAUACAAGGUGCAUUUUUGUUGAACAAAAUAUUAAGUUUUUGUUACUGUAUUGGUAUUAUUUUAGAAGUGGUCUUCAUUUGUUAUUAUCAAUUAGAAAAUAAUUAGUAUUGGAUGUUAAUUAUUUUGUUUUUAAUAACCAAAGUUAGUUUUUUACUACUAGAAAUAUAUUGAAAUGUUACUGUUUCUAAAAGGUUACCCUAUGCAUAAUGUUCUUUAUAGUUUCUAGUUAAGUUUCUUUUAUAAGGACUUAGAUGUUUGUCCAUUUAUAUUUGUUUAAGGAUGUUACUGAUUUUACCAACCCAUUGUGGGAAAAGGAUGUGGCGCACACCUUACAGAGUAAAAAUAAUUAUUGAUUUUUUUUAUUUUCUCAAUAUUUUCUAAGAGUUAGAUUGAAUUAUUCAAAAUUUGAUUUGGAUUUAGUCCUAUUAGAUUACUUAAAAAGUUAAAAUAUUUUAUCAAAAUCAAACAACGCCACGUUCAAAACUAAUUAGUACAUAAAACAAGUAGAGGGUGGUUACCGCAGAAUCAAAUAGAGUUACCAAAGAUGCACUUAAAGGAAAGCCAAUGAGUAUGAUUUGAUUACCAUAAACUUUUAUCUAAAACAUUUAAUGAAUCAUGUCAAGGACAUAAUUUAUGUGAAUGUCUAUUUCAGCAAGUACUGUUUAGCCACCGAUGUGUAUAUAUUGUUGUUAAUGAAUAAGUAGUCUAGAACUUAAUGUGUCCAAUAAUCAAAUAGUAAAAAGCAGAAUGGACUUAAAAGUAUAAAUAGAAGUAUAACAAUCUCAGACAGAAUAAACUAGUUUAAAAUUAUGAUUGUAUGCUAAAAAGUAUGUUUGCAAUUACCCCUUGAGUGAAAGUAUAAAUUCAAUAAACUGGUUGUUUAAAAUUGCGGUAUAUUAGCACAUUCUGUGUUAACAUUUCUGGUAUCUACCAAAGCAACUGGUUGCCUCGCAAAAUGAAAAAUUGUUGACACAGAGAAUAAACUAUGUAGUCACGACGUGAAGUCAGAUCCGUUGGUUGAAGUGUAUUAAGAUAUUCACCACGCUGCUUGUAGUCUUAAAGUUUAAUUUCGUAAAGUUUGACUCAAUAAAUUAAAAUUGAAGUUAUGUUAUUUCAUUUGUUAAAUAACUAAACAAAUGAUAAAAAAAUCUACUUAUUGCCAGAGGAGUUAUUCAAUGGAACUUUCAUAAGAUGUUUCUAUUUACAUCCAUUUCAAAUGCAAUUACUGUUGUUACCUGUUAGAACCUGGUAUAUUUAAAUUUAAUGAUUUGUUGAUUUAUUGAUUUCAAUGUACCUUAGAGUGUGGGGUAUUGAACACUCUAAUGGAUUCAAGAUUAGUGCUAAUGCAGUAACCGGUUUUUAUAAAGCAGAGCUUAAGCUGUAAGUCCACUUCUAUAGGAAAAGAGUAUAGGUGCCCAAGACAAAGAAAACUCUCAACUAAAAACAUUACACCAAUUGCAUUAUUACAUCAAAUCCUAUUUAUUCAAUUGAGGAGUAUAACCAGUUGUAAAUAUGUAUUAUAAGCCCUGUUAGCUAUAAGGAAAUGACACUAUUCCGUUGUAUGACUCAUGUACACAUUAUGAAUAAAGAUUGAUUUGAUUUGAUUUGAUUUGAUUAUACGUUAGUUUAUGAUAACAACUUAAAAUACAGUCCAAAAAGCAAUCAAGUUAAGUUAAAUUUAGAGACAUACUUUUAUGUUUACAAAUAAUAAUCUUUAUAAAUUCACUUAAAACAUUCUGAAUCUUAUAUAUGUGUUGGAAUUAAAUGUUUUACAAGUUAGAAUUACUUUUAAAACUUCCUUUUUAUUGUCUUUCAAUCAAAUUUAUACAAUAUCCCCACUAUAAGCUUGUGUAAUUUUAUGAUUUUGAUCAAUUACAUCCCAAUUUCUAUUAGGAAAUCGAAUGAUUUAGUUUUUUUCAGAGUUGCCGAGUCCAUUCUGCUUACAGUAUGUUCAGUGUAUACAGUAUAACUAUAGUGCAGUAUUUAAAUGUAGAGGUUUUACACUGCCUAUGUUUAUGCAUGUAGAACAUUUUGAUUUAGUUAACGCAAGUAGUACAUUCUGUCAGUCUCUUAGCAAAGUGCCAUAUUAUUUUGUUACAUUCCUUACAUAGAGCCAUCUCUAGAUUCCAAUCUAGUGUUGUGUGGACAAUGUAUCAUUGUGUUUUUACAACAAGUAUUUCACUGUUGUUGUCAUUGUUUAGCGAUAUCUGCACAUAUUGAUGUAUUUGUAUAGACAACGACAAAUACAUUUAUUG